AAUCUUCCUCGUCAUAAAAUUUGACAUUCUAUCUGACGUCUUACUGUUCCUUGGGAUCUUCCGCUUGGGGUGAGAAACGGAUCCGGCCGUGGAUCUAUUAAUUGAGGGCCCUGGUUUUUGCCGCCGAAUCGGAAAGCACCGUCGACGCAAUCCGAUAAAUUUCCCCCACCACUGGAAACACUAUAUUCUGUCAGGUAGGCCUCUCGGUUGCAGGUCUGCACAACAACAAAACAUCCUCUGCAUCUUACACCGACUCUCUGGAUCGACGCGACCGGCAUUUGGUUUGCGCACGACGGUCCAAAACCCGGCAUCAUGUCGGUCCUAUCGUCUGAUGUUCACAGCGCCUUGACGCAAUUGCUUCAAGGCCUGCAAUCUCCAGACAACACCGUCCGCACCCAGGCGGAGACCAAUCUCAACAACGAAUGGGUUAAUACCCGACCCGAUGUGCUGCUGCUGGGACUGGUAGAGCAACUCGGCGGAUCAAACGAUGAAGGUGCACGAUCUUUCUCCGCUGUACUCUUCCGCCGCCUUUCGACCCGCACCAUCAAAGACACCGCGGGCACUGCUCCUAGCAAGGAGCUGUUCCUGCACCUGAACCUUCAAACGCAGACCGAGAUCCGUACGCGUCUACUGGAGGCCUACGUCCGAGAGACGGUCAAGCCGAUUCGACACAAGAUUGCGGAUGCGGUGGCGGAGCUUGCGAGACAAUACACAGACAAUGAAGUUCUUGCAGCUGAUGGCUCGCGAGAGAAUUGGGCAGAUUUGCUCAGUGCGCUCUACCAAGCGAGCCAGUCUCCCGAUGUUACCCUCCGGGAGUCAGCAUUCCGCAUCUUUGAGCAAACACCUGGCAUUAUUGAAAAACAACACGAGAACAUCAUCUUGGAGGUCUUCCAGCGCGGUCUGAACGAUGAUUCGGUUGAUGUGCGGAUCGCCACCAUGCUGGCCUUCUCCUCUUUCUUCCAAUCGCUCUCGAAGAAGGCUCAGCCGAAAUACCAGGUGCUUAUCCCGUCUAUCCUCAACACGCUCGUUCCCUUGCACGAAGAGGAGAACUCCGAGCAGCUCUCUCGUGCGCUCGCAGCGAUCAUUGAUCUCGCAGAGACUUCGACAAAGAUGUUCAAGAGCUCUUUCUCGGCGCUUGUUGGUGUAUGCAUCAAGAUGAUCCAGGAUAAACAAUUAGAGGACCCGGCGCGUCAGAACGCCAUGGAGCUCAUGGCAACAUUCGCAGACUUCAGUCCCAAGAUGUGUAAGAGCGACAAGGAUUACGUGACGGACAUGGUGACACAGUGUUUGGCGUUCAUGGCCGAAGUCGGUGCUGAUGACGAGGAUGCGGAGGAAUGGCUCGCGGCGGAGGACAUCGACUUUGACGAGACCGACACCAACCAUGUUGCUGGUGAGCAAGUCAUGGAUCGUCUGGCUAACAAGAUUGGUGGCAAAGAUCUGCUUCCGCCCACCUUUAUUUGGCUUCCGCGUAUGUUGGAGACGGGUAGCUGGCGUGACAAGCACGCAGCCUUGAUGUGCAUCUCUGCCAUUUCCGAGGGUUGCCAAGAUCUGAUGGAGGCAGAAUUGGAGAGCGUACUCCGCCUUUUGAUGCCUUCCCUCGAGGACCCUCAUCCUCGCGUUCGGUGGGCUGCUUGCAACGCGCUCGGUCAGAUGUCUACCGACUUCAAGGGAACCAUGCAGACCAAGUGGCAUCAAGUCGUUCUUCCGGCUUUGAUCAGUAUCCUCCAAGCACCCGAGCCUCGUGUGCAAUCUCACGCCGCUGCGGCGUUGGUCAACUUUUGUGAGGAGGCCGAGAAGGAGAUUCUGGAGCCUUAUCUUGACUCACUUCUUUCCAACCUCAUGCGAUUGCUCGCCAGCGAGAAGCGCUUCGUGCAGGAACAGGCUCUGUCGACCAUCGCCACUGUUGCUGAUUCGGCUGAAAGCACUUUCGGGAAAUGGUACCCUGAUCUCAUGCCUGCUCUAUUCAGCGUCUUGCAGCAGCCCAACGAGAAAGAAACUCGCCUACUCCGCGCCAAAGCGAUGGAAUGUGCUACACUCAUUGCUCUUGCUGUUGGCAAAGAACGUAUGGGCCAGGAUGCUACCCAGCUCGUUGGCAUUUUGGGCGCAGUGCAACAGGGAAUCGUCGACGACGAUGACCCGCAAUCCAGCUACCUGCUCCACUGUUGGGGACGUAUGUGCCGCGUUCUUGGUCAGGACUUCGUCCCUUACCUUCAGACCGUCAUGCCCCCUUUGAUGAAGCUUGCACAGGCCAAGGCUGAUAUCCAGCUGCUCGAUGAUGCCGAGAACGUUGCACAGAUCGAACAGGAAGAAGGCUGGGACCUUGUGGCUCUCAAGGGCAAAUACAUCGGUAUCAAGACCAGCACACUUGAUGACAAGUUCAUGGCCAUCGAGCUCAUCUCCGUCUACGCACAAAACUUGGACGCCGGAUUCGCGCCCUAUGUCCUAGAAGCUAUGGAGACUGUUGCUCUGCCCAGCUUGGCGUUCUUCUUCCACGACCCAGUACGCGUCGCUGCAGCCAAAGCCGUCCCCCAACUACUCAACUCAUACAAAGUUGCGUACGGGGUUGGCAGUGCCGAAUAUGCAAACCUGUGGAAGGGCACGAUUGAGAAGGUUCUCGAAGUCCUUGAGACGGAGCCCGCCAUUGAGACCCUGGCGGAGAUGUACCAAUGUUUCUACGAGUCUGUGGAAGUCUCUGGCAAGGACUGCAUGUCCAACGAGCACAUGUCCACUUUCAUCACCUCCGCUGAGACCGUCCUGAAGGACUACCAGACCCGUGUGACCGAGCGCGCCCAGGAGGCCGCCGAGCGCGAUGACGGCGAGGAGCCCUCCGAAGCCUUCGAAUUCGCCGUCGAGGACGAUCAGACCCUCCUCUCCGACAUGAACAAGGCCUUCCACACCCUCUUCAAGCACCAGUCCACCUCCUUCCUUCCCCACUGGGAGCGCCUGUUGAGCUACUACGCCCACUUCGUCGCCUCCCCCGACGACCCCACCCAGCGCCAAUGGGCCCUCUGCAUCCUCGACGACGUCCUCGAGUUCUGCGGUCCGGCCUCCUGGCACUACCACACGCAUAUCGUCCAGCCGCUCGUCACCGGCAUGCGCGAUGAUGCCCCCGCCAACCGUCAAGCCGCCUGCUACGGCGCCGGUGUGGCCGCGCACAAGGGCGGCGAGCCCUGGGCGGAAUUCGCCGCUGGAUCUCUCCCCAUCCUCUUCAGCGUCGUCGCCAGACCGGACGCCCGCAGCGAAGACGACGUCUUUGCGACCGAGAACGCCUGCGCAAGUAUCGCCAAGGUCCUCCACUUCAACCGCUCCAAGGUGGAGAAUGUGCAGGAGUGCGUGAACGCCUGGGUCGACACGCUCCCCGUGGUGAACGACGAGGAGGCCGCGCCUUUCGCGUAUGGUUUCCUCGCGGGAUUGAUCGACGAUCAAAACCCCGCCGUCCUCGCCAAGGCCUCCCAAUGCUUCACCCACAUCGCCCAAGCCCUCGAGGCCGAAACCCUCCAAGGCGCCUCCGCCCAGCGCGCCGUCGAGGCCGGCAAGAAACUCAUCGCCAUGGCCGGCCUUGACGCCCAUGUCCUUUUGGCGGGACUCCCGCCGGAGACGCAGGGCGUCGUUCGGGCGUUGUUCGGGUAGAGGGAUGCGUGCGUGAGCGGCGUAGUAGUGUCGGAGGGAAUUUUGGGUAGGAAGUCGCGAGGGAAGAGAAGAAGAAGAAGAAGAAGAAGAAGAGGGGGAGGAGGAAACGUGGAUCGUUGCUCGCUCGUAGGAUCUGGUGGGAUUAUGGGAAACUUGUCCUUUCAUUAGGUAUCAUAAUCGGAAAGAUUUCC